UCAGCCCUUAUUUGGGUGGUGAGAACAGCGGUGGUUUUCAACUUAACAGUGUGUGUAGGAGGAGCCAGAUCAGGAGCGAUGGCAAGUGGUGAGCGCAGGCACAGGAGAACUUGGCCCUGACUGUGGCGCCCUGGUCAGGUUACCAUGGCGACUGAUAUCACCAUGAAGACCCCCAUCUGUCUAGUGGAAAACUGGGAAGAGCAGCUGAAAGUGAAUCCCAUAGCUUUGGAGAUUCUUAACCAGAUAUCCCAACCUGUGGUGGUGGUGGCCAUUGUGGGAUUAUGCCGUACAGGAAAAUCCUAUCUCAUGAAUCGCCUGGCAAGACAGAACCAUGGCUUCCCUCUGGGCUCCACCAUAGAAUCUGAAACCAAGGGCAUCUGGAUGUGGUGCGUGCCCCACCCCUCCAAGCCAAACCACACCCUGGUCCUCCUGGACACUGAGGGCCUGGGCGAUGUGGAAAAGGGAGACCCUAAGAAUGACUCCUGGAUCUUUGCCCUGGCCGUGCUUCUGAGCAGCGCCUUUGUCUACAACAGCCUGGGCACCAUCAACCACCAGGCCCUGGAGCAGCUGUACUUUGUUACUGAACUCACAGAGUUAAUCAGGGCAAGAUCUUCUCCCCCAUCUGAUGAGGUAGAGGACUCCGCAGAGUUUGUGAGUUUCUUUCCAGACUUUGUUUGGGCUGUGCGGGAUUUCACCCUGGAACUGAACUUGAAAGGACAGCCCAUCACAGAAGACGAGUACCUUGAGAAUGCCUUGAAGCUGAUUCCAGAAACGAAUGCCAGAAUCCAAAAUUCCAACAAGCCUAGAAAAUGUAUCAGGUAUUUCUUUCCAGAACGGAAGUGCUUUGUCUUUGACUGGCCCACAAAUGAUAAAAAUGUCUUGGUCCAUAUGGACAAAGUGCCAGAAGACCAACUAGAAUUGAAUUUCAAGGUGCAGUCAGAAAAAUUCUGCUCCUAUAUCUUCACACAUGGGAAGACCAAGACCCUGAGACAGGGAAUCAUUGUCACUGGAAAUCGGCUGGGCAGUCUGGUGGAGAUGUACGUAGACACCAUCAACAGCGGAGCUGUCCCUUGCUUGGAGAACGCAGUGACGACUCUGGCCCAGCGUGAGAAUGCUGCAGCCGUGCAGAAGGCAGCCGAGCACUACAGCAGGCAGAUGGCCCAGCGACUGGUGCUCCCCACAGACACGCUCCAGGAGCUGCUGGACGUGCACGCAGCCUGUGAGAGGGAAGCCGUUGAAAUCUUCAUGGAGCACUCCUUCAAGGAUGAUACCGGGGAAUUCCAGAAGAACCUUUUGGAAACCACAGAGCAGAAAAAGGAAGACUUCCUGCUGCAGAAUGAAGAGGCCUCUGUCAAAUACUGCCAGGCUGAGCUUACACGGCUCUCAGCGUCCCUGAUGGAAAGUAUUUCAAGAGGGGUUUUCUCUGCGCCUGAAGGCCACCGUCUCUACUUAGAAGCAAGAAAAAGGAUUGAAGAGGAGUAUGAGCUGGUGCCCAGGAAGGGAGUGAAGGCAACUGAGGUGCUCCAGACCUUCUUGCAGUCUCAGGCAGCAGCAGAGAACUCCAUCCUGCAGGCAGACAAGGCUCUCACUGCUGGAGAGAAGGCCUUAGCAGCUGAGGAGGCCAAGAGGGAGGCCGCUGAGAAGGAACGGGAAGUGCUAAGACAGGGGGAGCAGGAGAUGCAGCAAAAGAUGGAGGCUCAAGAGAGAAGCUUCCAGGAGAACAUCGCUCAACUGAAGGAGAAGAUGGAGCGGGAAAGGGAGGACCUCCUCAGAGAGCAGGAGAGGAUGCUGGAGCACAAGCUGAAGGCAACUGAGGUGCUCCAGACCUUCCUGCAGUCUCAGACAGCAACAGAGAACUCCAUCCUGCAGGCAGACAAGGCUCUCACUGAUGCAGAGAAGGCCCUAGCAGCUGAGGAGGCCAAGAGGGAGGCCGCUGAGAAGGAACGGGAAGUGCUAAGACAGAGGGAGCAGGAGAUGCAGCAAAAGAUGGAGGCUCAAGAGAGAAGCUUCCAGGAGAACAUCGCUCAACUGAAGGAGAAGAUGGAGCGGGAAAGGGAGGACCUCCUCAGAGAGCAGGAGAGGAUGCUGGAGCACAAGCUGAAGGCAACUGAGGUGCUCCAGACCUUCCUGCAGUCUCAGGCAGCAACAGAGAACUCCAUCCUGCAGGCAGACAAGGCUCUCACUGAUGCAGAGAAGGCCCUAGCAGCUGGGGAGGCCAAGAGGGAGGCCGCUGAGAAGGAACGGGAAGUGCUAAGACAGAGGGAGCAGGAGAUGCAGCAAAAGAUGGAGGCUCAAGAGAGAAGCUUCCAGGAGAACAUCGCUCAACUGAAGGAGAAGAUGGAGCGGGAAAGGGAGGACCUCCUCAGAGAGCAGGAGAGGAUGCUGGAGCACAAGCUGAAGGUUCAAAAAGACAUGCUUACAGAAGGAUUUAAUAAGGAAGCUGAUAUGCUACAUAAAGAGAUUAAUCGGAUAACAGAAGAUAUGGCAGCAAUUAAAAAUCAAGAAGGGUGGUCUUCAGCGAUUCUUUCUUUUGUGGGUGGUAUAUUUGGUUCCGUAUUGGGUAGGCUGUCAAAGGCAGGUAUUUCAAGGCUGUUAAGACUGAGUCGAAGAAUUUUAUAGGCUGAGAUUUCCUGGGCAGGAAAAUAUAAAAUGGGCUUUCUUCUUCAUUUUAAUAGCAUAAUAGUGUUGCUCAUCGUAAAAAGUAUGUAUGUCAUACAAGUUUCAUUAAAAAUUUACAAAUGAUGGGAUUGUAUUGGAAUCCCCUGGAACAUUUCUAACUCCACCAUUUGGGGUAAGUUCGAUUGAGCAUGUAUGAAAUUGUACAUCUCCUCCAUCUCUUAUUCCCACUCUUAUAUUUAAUAGAUAUCACUUUUCAGUUAAAAUUUAAACACUUAAGAAUAAUUGUGUGUUAAUUACAGAGUUCAACCAAUAGUACUGGAACAGAAAAAUACUAAAAUUGAUAAAAUAUUAUAUUGUACAUCAACAGUCAGGACAAGAGCUGAUCAAGUCACUGUUUCUCAUAGUGUCCAUUUCACUUCAACAAGUUGGCAUGUACCAAUGCCAUCUCACUAGUCCAAGUGAUCAAUUUCAGUUCACAAUUGAUCACAUUGAUAGGUCUAAGAGUCAAAGGGAUCACACAAACAAGACUAGUGUCUGCUAAUACUAACUGAUAGAAUCAAAAAGGGAGAGAAUGAUCCAUCAUAGGAAGCGGGAUACACAGCAGACUCAUAGAAUGGCAGAUGUCCUAAACAGCACUCUGGCCUCAGAAUCAGCCCUUAAGGCAUUUGGAUCAGGCUGAAAAGCCCAUGAGAGUAUGUUAGGCAUGGAAAGGCAAGACACUCUGGAAAAAAGAAAAAAAAAAGAAGAGCUAAAUGAAGGAUCUCUGUGAGUGAGAUCCCAGUGGAAAGAACGGGUCAUCAAAGAAGGAGGUACCUUUCUCUGAAGGGAGGAGAGAACUUCCACUUUGACUAUGACCCUGUCGGAAUAAGAUCGAAGUCAGCAAACUCAAAAGGCUUCCAUAGCCUUGGCAGCUCAUGACUAGAUCCUAGGGAGAUUACUGACGCCAUAAACAAGAGUGUCAACUUGUUAAGUCAACAACAGGAGUUACUGUGUACUUACUUCUCAUGUGGGAUCUGUCCUUAAUGUGUUGUCCAAUGUGAAGUAAUGCUAUAACUAGUACUGAAACAGUAUUUUAUACUUUGUGUUUCUAUGUGGGUGCAAACAGAUGAAACCUUUACUUAAUAUAUACUAAAUCGAGCUUCUGUAUAUAAAGAUAGAAAAUGAAUCUUGAUGUGAAUGGAA